CAUCAAAAACAUGACUUUGAUCUGCGUCCUCAUCUGGACUCUCCUCUGCUGCUGCUUCACAGAGUCCAGAGGACAGAUCACAGUGACUCAGCCUGGAGCAGUGAGCUCUGCCGUGGGAGGAUCUGUGAACAUCAAGUGUAGGACCAGUCAGGAUGUUUAUAACUCCAACUGUUUAGCUUGGUACCAACAGAAAGAUGGAGGAGUUCCUAAACGUCUCAUUUACUGGUCUAGCAUUCGAGAUUCAGGGACUUCAGCUCGUUUUAGAGGCAGUGGAUCAAACUCUGACUUCACUCUGACCAUCAGUGGAGUCCAGGCUGUAGAUACAGCAGUUUAUUACUGUCAGGGUCAGCAUUAUCCUAACAGUCAGUGGUUUGUAUCACUGUGGUGGACUUUUGGUGGAGGAACCAGACUGAAUGUUAACUUGGGUCGAGUCCCCCCCUCCCUGACCGUGCUGGCGCCCUCUAGUGAGGAGCUGCAGCAGGGGAAGGCUACAGUCAUGUGUGUGGCCAACAAGGGCUUCCCCUCAGACUGGAGGCUGUCCUGGAAGGUGGAUGGAAGAAGCAGCAGUGGAGAGGAGAGCAGGAGCCCCGGGGCGCUGCAGAAUGACGGCCACUACAGCUGGAGCAGCACCCUGAGGCUCCCUGCAGACCAGUGGGAGAAGGUGGGCUCUGUGACCUGUGAGGCCACCCAGGGCUCCCACACUCCACUCUCACAGACUCUGAUGACAGACCAGUGUUCCCAGUCCUGAGCUGACUCACUGGGACUCUGAUACUGGCUUUAGUCUGCAGCUUCUCUCAGUCUGCUCCCUCUGUGUCUGUAUUGCUUUGAUAGUUUUCAUGUUUUCAUGCUUGUGGCACUGUUGAUGGUUUUAAUACUUCAAAUAAAAACUGAGGUCUUCAAA